GUGAGAAGACGUUGUACAAUAAUUUAAUCACUAUAAUUGAUAGAGCGCUCUCAAGGACCCACAAAUACAAUCAGAAAAGCAGCCGCUAAUAGUUAAAAAGAAACUGACGGAGCAGCCGCGCAAUUUAAAACUUUGGAGAUGAGUGUUGUACUCUUCCUAGUCGCGACUAUAGUGGGUUAUGUGCUCUACUCAUUGAUCCAGUCAAUGAAGCGCCCACCAAAUUUUCCACCAGGUCCCGACUUUAUACCAUGGAUGGGCAACACCAUACAACUGCGCAAAGAGGCACGUGCCAGCGGUGGCCAACAUUUGGUCUUUGAGAAGUGGUCCAAAAAAUACAACAGUGAUAUUUUAGGUCUCAAAUUGGGCAGCGAAUACGUCGUGGUUGCACUUUCGUUUCCAUUGGUGCACGAAGUGCACAUAAGCGAAGUAUUCGAUGGACGUCCCGAUAAUUUCUUUCUACGCCUGCGCACAAUGGGUACGCGCAAAGGCAUCACCUGCACCGACGGCCAACUGUGGCAGGAGCAUCGUAGUUUCGCUAUGCGACAGAUGCGACAUGUCGGCUACGGACGCACAGAGAUGGAGCAAUACAUCGAAAGAGAAGCCGACAGCUUGCUGACAUAUAUCCAUGAGCUGCACGGCGAGCCCACCUGGCCGGGUUCGUUUCUGGCGCCGAGCGUCCUUAACGUUCUGUGGACCUUAACGGCCGGUAAGGGUAUCGGACGUGGCGAUAAGCGUUUGCAAAAACUGCUGCAAUUACUGAAUCGACGCUCGAAGGUUUUCGACAUCUGUGGUGGCGUAUUGUCGCAAAUGCCUUGGUUGCGUUAUUUUGCGCCCAACUGGACUGGCUAUAACCUGAUCUGCCAAAUGAAUCAAGAGAUGCAUGCAUUCUUCCUGGAAGCGAUUAACGAACAUCGCGCUAGCAUUACGAAAGAGAAUGCCGAAAGUGAUCUGAUCUAUGCGUACAUACGCGAGAUGAAUGAACAUAGUGAUGAAGCGGAGAACAGUACCUUUAGUGAAACCCAAUUGACAAUGACAAUCUUGGACUUCUUCAUUGCCGGCUCACAAACCACCAGCAAUACCACCGAUUUGGCGCUAAUGAUGCUCGCUCUUAACCGUGAUGUGCAAAAGCGUGUUUAUGACGAAAUCACCGAUAAUAUGGAGACACAUAAAAUUCCCGUUAAUCUUUGUAAUCGCGAAUACUUUCCAUAUACGAGCGCCUUCAUUAUGGAAGUGCAACGUUAUUUCCACAUAACACCAGUGACCGGCCCGCGACGUGCCUUACGCAACACUACACUCGGCGGUUAUAAUGUGCCUAAAGAUACAACCGUGCUGAUUGGUCUGCGUGUGGUACAUAUGGACAAGGCGCAUUGGGGUGAUCCGGAAGUCUUUCGGCCAGAACGUUUCCUCGAUGCUGAUGGCAAGGUUUUCCGCGAUGAGUACUUUAUGCCAUUCGGUCAAGGGCGUCGUCGUUGCCUGGGCGAUGCUCUAGCUCGUGCCUGUCUGUUCUCGUUCCUCACCAAAAUCGUCCAUCGUUUCCGUAUCGAGUUGUGUGAAGAGGCUUUGCCAUCUGUGGUGUUACAACCGGGCAUUACGCUGACGCCAAAGCCAUACAAAGUAAAAUUUGUAAAUCGACAGUGAACUUCGAUGGCUAAUCGACAAGUGGAUCAUGACAUUACCGAAUUUCGAAAGGAUGUUAAAUUUUUGUUUGUUCUGAAGCACUCAGAAAAUGAAUGGGAAUUUUUUGAUCGUCAUUUUCAAUAUAAGACUAUAUGUAUA